CCACUCUCCUCGGCGGAGUAAAACCAUGCGCGCCCUUUCCAACGUCUUCGCGCGCUUCUUCCACUCCGCCGCCGGCACCGCUACCGCCGGAGCUUCUUCCCGCCAAAUCCAUCCCUCACGAAGUACGAAGAAGAAGAAGAACAAGAAGAAGGUUCACAAGAACACGAAGACGCCUCCCAGUGACGCCGAGAUCAUCAGAUGGAACAAAGCCAUCUCCGAGCACAUGCGCCAUGGCCGCUGUGAUGCAGCGCACCUCGUCUUCGACUCCAUGCCUCGCCGCUCCACCGUUUCCUUCAACUCCAUGCUGUCCGGCUACCUCUCCAACAACCUCCCGUCUCUUGCCCUCCGCCUUUUCGACUCCAUGGCCUGCCGUGAUCUCGUUUCCUAUAAUGUCAUCCUCCAUGGUCUUGUUCGCUACCGUGGCCUCUCUUUUGCACGCAAGCUGUUCGAUGAAAUGCCCCUUAGAGACAUUGUCUCUUUUAAUACUAUGAUCUCUGCCUACGCGCGCUGUGGUCAUGUGGAUGCCGCCCGUGAAUUGUUCGACCAGAUGCCUGAGAGGAAUAGUGUGUCUUGGAAUGGUGUUCUGGCUGCCUAUGUGCAGAAUGGUCGGAUUGAUGAGGCUCGAUUAUUGUUUGACUCAAACAAGCAUUGGGAGGUUGUUUCCUGGAAUGCUAUGAUCGCUGGGUAUAUGCAAAAGAAGCGACUUUUUGAAGCUCGUGAACUUUUUGAUAGAAUGCCAGAGAAGGAUGUUGUGUCGUGGAAUACUAUGAUCUCUGGUUAUGCGCAGAGUGGGAUGAUGGCGGAAGCUAGGAGGUUGUUCAAUUUUUCUACUGAGAGGGAUGUAUUUACUUGGACUGCAAUGGUUUCUGGGUAUGCACAGAAUGGGAUGUUGGAUGAGGCCAGAUUGGUUUUUGAUGAAAUGCCAGAAAGAAACUCAGUUUCGUGGAAUGCGAUGAUUGCUGCCUAUGUGCAGCAUAGAAUGAUGGAUAAGGCAAUGGAAUUGUUUGAGUUGAUGCCUUGCAGGAAUGUGAGCUCGUGGAACACAAUGAUCACUGCUUAUUCUCAGAACGGGAUGAUUGACCAGGCACGGCUUCUCUUUGAUGAGAUGCCAGAGCGGGAUUCUGUCUCAUGGGCUGCUAUGAUAGCAGGAUAUUCUCAGAGUGGGCGAAGUGAGGAUGCUUUGCAUAUCUUUAUAGAAAUGGGGCGAGUGGGGGAGAGGAUGAAUAGGUCUUCGUUCACUUGUGCUUUGAGUACGUGUGCUGAUAUUGCAAUCUUGGAGUGUGGUAUGCAGGUGCAUGGGAGGUUGGUUAAAGCAGGGUAUGAAAUGGGUUGCUUUGUAGGGAACGCGCUUCUUGCGAUGUAUUGCAAAUCUGGGAGCAUAGAUGAAGCAUAUGGAGCAUUUAAGCAGAUGCCUCAAAAAGAUGUGGUUUCUUGGAAUACUAUGAUUGCCGGUUAUGCUAGACAUGGGUUUGGCCAGGAGGCACUGGAAGUAUUUGAUUUGAUGAGAACUACGGGAAACAAACCAGAUGACAUUACACUGGUUGGAGUUUUGUCAGCAUGCAGCCACGCUGGUUUGGUAAAUAAAGGAAUCAAUUAUUUUUAUUCAAUGCAUCAAGAAUUUGGUGUCACUGCAAAGGCAGAGCACUAUACUUGCAUGAUUGAUCUUCUGGGAAGAGCAGGACGGUUAGAGGAAGCUGAGGCUCUUAUGAAAGAUAUGCCAUUUAAACCAGAUGGAACUAUGUGGGGUGCUUUAUUAGGUGCCAGCAGGAAACAUGGUAAUACUAAAUUAGGUGAGAAAGCAGCUGAAAGGAUUUUUGAGAUGGAACCUGAUAACUCUGGAAUGUAUGUUCUUCUUUCGAAUUUAUAUGCUGCAUCUGGUAAAUGGAAGAAUGUAGGAAAGUUGAGAUUGAUGAUGAGGGAGAAAGGUGUGAAAAAGGUGCCAGGAUUCAGUUGGAUAGAGGCGCAGAAUAAGGUCCAUACAUUUUCUGCUGGUGAUUCUAUCCAUCCGGAGAAAGAUAGGAUCUAUGCUUUCCUGGAGGAAUUAGACAUGAAAAUGAAGAAGGCAGGUUAUGUAUCUGCCACAGAAAUGGUAUUGCAUGAUGUCGAAGAGGAAGAGAAGGAACAUAUGCUUAAAUACCACAGUGAGAAACUUGCCGUUGCAUUUGGUAUUCUGAAUAUGCCUCUUGGCAGGCCUGUUCGAGUGAUCAAGAACCUUAGGGUCUGUGAAGAUUGUCACAAUGCUAUUAAGUAUAUAUCUGCAAUUGAGAAUAGGUUGAUAAUUUUGCGGGAUUCUAAUCGGUUUCACCAUUUUAGUGGUGGAUUAUGCUCGUGUGGUGAUUAUUGGUGAGAAGAAGUGGAAGGAUAUUGCUUUGAAAUUAUGAAAGUGGCCAAGCUUAUCUGGAAACAAGACUAGGCAUUAAUUUGACGAAGUUCUGAAAAAACACUAGUUUGGCGCCAUCUGCAUGGAUUUUGCACAAGAAUCACAUACUACUUUUUGUGAUGGCAAGCCAAAUGUCGAAAACCAGAACUAGUCUGUGAGAGAGUAAGGAAAAGGGUGUUUGAAAAUUUAGAAAUGUUCACUCUUGCAUGACACAAUAUCCUCUCCAGAACCAUCUUGAUUCAAAAUCUGUAGAAUAAUCAGUGGGAAACACAAAGAUAAAGAGAAUCAGAGCACCAGCUGCCAAGUACAGUAGAUUUUCCUCCUUUCAGUAUAUUUCAGUAGAGUUGGCUUUUGGUUUUGAUGCUAUUAAAAAAAAAUGUGAUUGAAGAAAGUGAGGAAUAAGUUAUUUUUGUUCCCUCAGUUAAACAUCCUGAAACACAUUCCAUAAUUGGUGACAAAGGCUCUAUUCACCAAACCAAUAUCAGAUAUCUCUUUUGGGGGCCGCUAUCCUUAUUCCUUUAUGAACUUGUUUGGCAACAAGAAUAUUGGAUUAGUGAAUUUCUGCAAAUUUGCAGGAAUUUUGGUGAACUUGAACAAAAAUCUUGAAUAUAUCAGCAGAAGGCAUAUAAAUUCUGACAAAUGGUCGUCACGUUCUUUACUUUGGAUAUUCUGCAAGCUGAGAUUGAGACAAUAACUUACGAAGGAAUUGCAUACAUCAUGUUAACAAAAGCAAACCUAUCAAUUAUUAGCAAACGAUGCUGUGGCAUGUCUGAUCUGGCAUUCUCUGAUGCGGCUUGCACAUCAGUUGAGUUAAUCACAUCACUUGCUGAAAGUAGGAUCAUG